AUGGCGGACGUAGAAGAAAAGAAGAAGCUACCAUCUGUUCCAGAAUCCCUUCUGAAAAAGCGAAAGGCUUUUGCAAUACUGAAGGCCAAACGCUUGAAUAAGAUGGCUAUUAAAAAGCUCCGUAAAAUACGGAGAAAAGUUAUCUAUGAAAAAGCUAAAGCCUACCAUAAGGAGUACAGACAGAUGUACAGGAGUGAAAUCCGGCUGGCUAGAAUGGCACGCAAAGCUGGCAACUACUAUGUACCUGCUGAACCCAAGUUAGCUUUUGUGAUCAGAAUCAGAGGUAUCAAUGGUGUUAGCCCAAAGGUCCGAAAAGUAUUGCAACUUCUUCGUCUUCGCCAAAUCUUCAAUGGCACUUUUGUUAAACUUAACAAGGCUUCUAUUAACAUGCUGAGGAUUGUGGAACCAUACAUUGCAUGGGGUUACCCAAACCUGAAGUCUGUAAAUGACUUGAUUUACAAACGUGGUUAUGGCAGGAUCAAGAAACAGAGGAUUGCCCUGACGGAUAAUGCCCUUAUUGCAAAAUCUCUUGGUAAAUAUGGAAUUAUCUGCAUGGAGGAUUUGAUCCAUGAGAUCUACACUGUUGGCAAGCACUUCAAAGCUGCCAACAACUUCCUGUGGCCCUUCAAAUUAUCUUCUCCACGAGGCGGAAUGAAGAAAAAGACUACACAUUUUGUGGAAGGUGGAGAGGCUGGUAACGGAAGACCAGAUCAACAGGCUUAUUAGAAGAAUGAACUAAAGGUCUCUACCAUGAUU